AUGAGCAAGAACCGGAUUAUCGUCAUACCCUGCGCAGCAGGACCUGGGCAGAGCCAAGACUCCGUCAUAGGCCUGGUCAAUUUUGACCACUUCAUUUACAGACUUCCUUACUUUGAAAACGAAGAGGUCCGGAAGCAAAAUUCGAAGAUUGUACAUGGAAUCUUACGCUUCUUACAUACACCAUCAUCAGCAUACUCCAAUAUUAUUGCUAACAUCUUCUCCUAUAACGCUAAAUACCCGAUUGAUAAGCUAUCUAUCGCCAUUAAUCUGUGCCGACUGCUAAUAGCCGUAAAAGAAUGUGCCCCCACAAAUGACGACACUUGUCUUGAUGUCCUUACGCUGGCCCUGGCGGCCGGCGACGGAACGGUCCUCACCACACGAGGAGAACAGCUUCAGCUUGGUUACAAAACGGGACAAGUUUCCUGGUGUCGACGACCUGACGAGGGCGGAUGGAACGUGUAUGGACUAGACGAUGUUGAAUGUCGCGAAGUUGCAGAAACUAUGGCUUGCGCUCUCGACUGUGGCCAUCGAUGGAUGAUCAAUGCCUGGCCGAGGAUUGCCUGUGAAGUGGGCGACGAGAUUGACCUUAAAUGGGGGAGAGUAAAGCACUUAUCUCAAGACAUCUUUGAGAUUCUAUUUCCCGACGCCAUCAAUCCCAUUUCCGAUAAUGAGGAGCAUCAAGCUUAUACAGAAGUAUUGCUUCGAUUCAUUGCUUGUAUAUUGCGCUUCGGCAAGUUCUGGGAGGUCGGUACUUCGAUCUCAGUUAAUCCCUCUGGAGACUUUGCCAUGAGUGAUCUUUAG